UUUCGACCAGUGCAUCUUUGAUUGAGACAAUGGUGAGAGUAUACGCUUUGGCAGUUCUCUAUAAGGGCGUGAACAGUGCUACAGUUUUAAAGGCAGCCUACGACUUGCAGAGCUUUAGCUUCUUUCAGAGGUCAUCUGUUCAGGAGUUUAUGACCUUUAUAAGUAAAACUGUAGUGGAGAGAACACAACCAGCUGCGAGACAAUCGGUUAAGGAGGGCGAAUAUAUGCUUCAAGUUUAUGUAAGAGCUGAUAACUUGGCAGGAGUGUUAAUAUCAGAUCAAGAGUACCCAAACAGAGUUGCGCACACACUCAUCACAAAAUUCCUAGAUGAAUUUGCUUCGAAGGUACCACCUAAUAAUUGGCCAACAGCAAAUGAAUCAACAGUAGACUUUCCAGUUUUGCCUCAGUAUUUAGCCAAGUAUCAAAAUCCUAAAGAAGCUGACGCCUUAACAAAGAUACAGAAUGACCUGGAUGAAACUAAAAUUAUUUUACACGAUACAAUAAAAGCAGUACUAGAAAGAGGUGAGAAGCUUGACGAUUUAGUUGAGAAAUCUGACAGUCUGACAAUGCACAGUAAAGCAUUUUACAAAACUGCUCGAAAAACAAACAGCUGUUGUAAUUUCUAAUUUGUAUUGAUAUCGCCAUGUGUAAAGAAACAUCAUCACCAAACAUUACUGGCAUCCCUAUAUAUAUAUAUAUAUAUAUAUAUAAAAGUGAUGUGCCGGAUCGUCAAAAAUGGAUAUCCGCCGAUACGGAUAUGGAUAUUCAGUGUCAAGAUCCGCGAAUACGGAUACGGAUCUUUAUUUACUCACUCAAUUAGUGUCGGUGCGUGGCCUUGAAACGGUAGUUGAAUCACGCCCGCCACAACGACGGGCAGGAAGGACUAAGGUUGCCAGAUCGAAAUACCCUAUUAUUGGGAUAUUGGGUCUUUGGCCUGGAGAAAAAAAUUAAAUUAAAGCUAAUACAUACAUUUUUAAAACAACUACAUUUAACGUUGUUAUUACAUCGUCCGCUGCCGAUACAAAUGUCUAUAUAAAUAAACACUAACAAAAAAAAAAAAUAGAAAAUGGUUGUCUCAUUACUUAUAUUAUCGAAUUAUCAAUAAUAAUCAACGAAAUU